GCCGGCGGGGAGGCGCCGGAGGUGACGCCGCUGAGCGGAGGCAGGCCGGGCUCCUGCCUUCUCUCCGCCGCCUGCAGCCGCCUCAGCGUCCCGAGCCGCCCCCGCCCCCGCCAUGGAGAACGGCGGAGACCCCGCCGUGUACCGGCCCACCACGGAGGCAGCCCCCGGCGGCCAGGCGGGGGGGAGCCGGUGCGGCUGCGGCUCUCCGGCCUUCACCCUCACCCGGCCCACCAAAAAGCGCGGCCCGCUCAAACUCGUGCAGCUGGUACUGUCUCUAUUGGCAUUUAUUUGUGAAGAAGUUGUUUCACAAUGUACUGCCUGUGGAGGACUCUACUUCUUUGAAUUCGUAAGCUGCAGUGCCUUCCUCCUGAGUCUUCUUGUUUUGAUCGUAUACUGUACUUCUGUGUAUGAUAAAGUCGAUGCCAAAAAAGUUAAGAAAUCGGAUUUUUUUAUUACUCUGGUAACUGGAGGUGUAUUUUUAUUGGCAUCAAUCAUUUUUGCUGCCACCAAUGACCAAACCUCAGCUGAAAUUGCUGCCACUGUGUUUGGGUUCCUUGCAAGUUUCCUGUUCAUAAUUGAUUUUUGUGUCAUGGUUUUUGAGAAACUGCAGAACUCUAAAAGGAGAAAAACUGAAAACAUGAAUGCUGCAGCAGUCAGCGAGCCACUCACUCAACAGAGUUGAACCUAUAAAGAUAUCGAGGAAGAGGGAAGAUUUUUUUGCAAUUGACUUCCAGGUGGCAAAGAGAGCUAAAGUUGGAGGCACUGCUGAAACUUUGAUUAUCCUUCAUUCCUCACAUAUAAUCUAUUCUGGUUAUUUUGGAAGAGGCAAAAGGGAAGGAGAUGGGUGGUUACAUUUGGUCAGGGCACUACAACCAUUCUCUCUAAGUACUUAAUCCAUUAACUCCUUUUCAAGUUUGGAAUUUUCAGCGUUUGUCUGGUUUACAGUUAUUAUAUUGCAGUUGAUGUUUGCCUAUCUAAUCUCUCAAACUGAGCUUCCUCUGCACUUUUUACUUCAAAAAAUUCGACUCAUAGCUCUCCAACAAGUCUAAAGGCAGUAUAUGAGGCUCAGCUUCCACGUAACACUUUGAUGAUACUGUAAGUUGUGCAGUGUGAUGUUUUAUUCACUCUCCCUUUUAUCCAUUCUACCUUUUUAUUAAUUGAUUUAAUCAGUAAAUCUUGCUUUUCACUAGAAAACCUAGAGAAGUCACACCAUGGAUAAUGCCUCUGUAAUUAUGUUUAUAACUUAUUAAACAGGGGAAACCAUUUAUAGCUUUCUAGCUACAAGAGCUUCUUUUUCUCUUUUCAUAUCCAUAUGUCUCAAACUGUCCCUUAUAAAUGAGAUUCUACUGA